AACGUCGAGGUCAACAAAAUUCCAUCCAACCUGUACAAACAAUUAUAUACAAAUACAUGUGUAUUUCAAUUUUAUAUGCCUAUUAGACGGCCAUUUGUCACAUCAGAGCCCACCAACUUCUCUUCCUAGGCCGGCCUUCCCAACCCCUUUUGAUUCUCUCCUUUCACCAAACAAUUCAAGCUAAUAUUAUACAUAUACUUCAUCUCCAUCCUCAGAGCCGCCUUUAUUCAGGUUUGGUUUUUUCUCACUUCAAUUUCCAUUUGACUCCUAUUCUGUUUGUCAGCACUUUUGAACUUCAAAAAUCAAGCUUUUUAGUGAUGGGGUUUUGAGUUUGAGUUUGUUUUCUCAUCUGGGUAGUCAAGAAUCUCCACUAGAACCCUCUUAUAUCGCCUUGUUGGUUUUAUUGGUUCUUCUUGGGGGGGUUUUUAGGCCUCGUCUCAUCUGGGUUUGUCUCAUUUCUGGAUUUGGUAAAUGGGUUAUCUGAGAAUUCAGAAUAGUAUUGAUGGUUUUGGCACUUUGAAUUAUGGGUUUUAUUAAUUUGUUAGUUUUGGGGAGUUGAAACAGCUGGGUUUUAAGUAUUUGUCACUUUGGGGGAUUGCGUAUAUGCAAUUUUGAUCAAACUUCGAAGCAAUAUAUAAGAGGACUUUUGGGGGCUUUCAGAUUUCUUUUCUAUCUGGAUUGUUUGCCUUUUGAUUUGGUGAACUGGGUUUUCUUGACUUUGGUUGACCUAAGCGGUGAUUGCGGAUACUGAAUUGCCUGUUUAGAUCACUCUUGAAUUGAACCCUUAACUGGUAUAUUGGUGGAUUCUGAACUUCCAACCCUUUUCAGUUCGGGUUCUUCUUCGUUGUCAAUCUGGCGAAUGGGCAAAUAGGGCAUUAGCUAAUAUGUGAGGUGCUUGUGGAUUGUGCUUCUCAUGUUCUUUCGAUCCUUUUCUUUUGUUUUGAUUGGUGGGGGCGUAUGAAUUUAGAAUGAUUCUGCUAUCUAUUAGCUCUGAAGCAUGGAAUUUCGAAGUAACGUUUCGUUGAGAAUGGCAUUAGUUGUUUUGAGCUUUGUCUUGGUAGUGCAAUUGCCAAGAAUCUCUGCCUCUCAGUUGUCGAUACAGUCAAAGGUUUGUGGCACUGAUCACAUCAGCUACUCCAGUAGUUCUGGUAAUGAUUUCUUUUACAUUAAUGGGAAAUUAGUAGACAAAAAUUUAUUCUGCAAGGCCCUCAAACUCUAUCGAGCAAACCAUUGCUUCAUGACAGAAGAUGACAUAAAUCAUUUCUGCGGAUUAGAUCCUCCAUUAGAUGAGUUGCAUUUGAAGGCAGGAAGGAAGUUUUUGCACAAGUUUGUUAGAUUAGAAUCUUCAACACAUGGUUCUAUUCAGAACAAUCAGCCUACUGAAGGCAAAGAUGCUCACAAAUCUCUGAUAACACCUAUGAAGUUGGCAAUGGCAGUAUCAGGAUUUCUCGCAUUGUGUUGCUGUUUACUAUGUCCAUGCUUUCGUGCAAUACGGAAACAGACAGCCCAUACUGUUCUUUCAAAGGAACUGAGUUCAAUGGAUUCAGUUUCCUCAUUGGAAAUGAAUUCUGUUCACGAAAAAUUUCCAGGCAGUCCACUACGAGUGCCACCUAGCCCUUCUAGAUUCUCCAUGUCCCCAAAACUAAGUAGAAUUGGAUCAAUUCAUCUAAACAUGAGUCAGGUUUCUAGAGCCACCCACAAUUUUUCGUCAUCAAUGAAGAUUGGUGAAGGCGGCUUUGGAACUGUCUACAAGGCCCGGCUAGCAGAUGGUCAGGUAGUUGCAAUAAAACGAGCAAACAAGGAACAUUUUGAAACUCUAAGAACUGAGUUUAGCAGUGAAGUUGAACUUCUGGCCAAGAUUGAUCAUCGAAAUCUAGUGAAGCUGCUUGGUUAUCUAGAUAGUGGCAAUGACCGUCUUAUAAUUAUCGAGUAUGUGCCAAAUGGUACUCUUAGAGAACAUCUUGAUGGUAUGCGAGGUAAAAUUUUGGAUUUUAAUCAGCGGCUUGAAAUCUCCAUUGAUGUUGCUCAUGCCCUAACUUAUCUCCAUCUCUAUGCAGAGAAGCAAAUUAUUCACCGAGAUGUGAAGUCAUCCAACAUUCUUCUGACGGAAAGCAUGAGAGCCAAAGUGGCUGAUUUUGGAUUUGCAAGAUUUGGUACAAUGGACACUGAGAAAACACAUAUCUCAACCAAAGUGAAAGGAACUGUCGGGUACCUUGACCCCGAGUACAUGAGGACCUACCAACUGACCCCGAAGAGCGAUGUGUACUCUUUUGGGAUUUUACUGCUUGAAAUAUUGACAGGUCGACGUCCUCUGGAGUUGAAGAGGCCUGCUGAGGAGAGGGUAACGCUGAGAUGGGCCUUCAAUACCUACAACGAUGGUAGUAUCAUGGACAUGGUAGACCCUUUGAUGAACGAAGUUGUGAAUGAGGACAUACUAGCGAAAAUGUUCGAGUUGGCAUUCCAGUGUGCGGCACCGACACGGGCAGACCGUCCGGAUAUGAAAGUUGUAGGAGAGCAGUUGUGGGCAAUUCGAAUGAGCUAUCUCCGAAGCGGAAGGAGAGGGUAAAAAGUGCAAAAAAACAAUAUUUAUGUCUUUCUUUCCAAGAUUCAAUUGACGUUCUUCUUGUAAAUCAAAAACUCCCAGUAAGUAUUAUUACUUUUGCUUCUUUGUGUGCUUUUUCUCAUCUUACAUUCUUGAACUUGUUUUUGGUAAAUUCAUAGAAUUGUUUUGACAGUACAACUUUUAUCCCAAAGCCAUGGCCAUUAGCCCCAGUGACCAGUUGUACAGUACAGCUGAUUAAAGCACUUAUUUCUUGGAGAAAUUUUUUCCCAAAAUUAUAUCACAGAAUGGAACAAUGCCCCA